AUGGCACCGACUGCCAACGGGGUCUACGGCCUGCCUCUACACAGUAGACUCUUUUCACUGGAGCAGGUUGGAGCACACUGGAGUAGGAGACUGGAAGCAUGGAGCACGCAGAAAAAUCCGCGCAAAACCUUCCCAGCAAACAACCCUGGCUCCCGGUUCUUCCUCUUGUUACGGGUCGGGGUCUCAUUCUCGAAUCUCGAGUUCUCAAACCCCUACCGCCAACCCCACCUCUCCAUACCCGUACAUCGGAGCCAGCACGCGCCGAUAUUGCAGGUUGAGAAUGACCGGGCUUUUCAAUGGGCACCGCCUCCAACGCUGCCGCCCGGCCCGGCCACAAUAUGCCCUGUGCUCGACCAAGCAAGCCUCCUUGGCCCCCUUACCAAGGGCAGCGGGCUCAAGGAGACUUUUUAG